AUGGUGCCCAGCACCAAUUUUACUCAGGAUACACCCGAUCUGGGUAAGCCACAAUUAGCGUCACACGCAUGGCUUGAACCUAUUGUCGUUGUGGGUAUUAUGGUUGGGUCAUUGAUUGUGAAUCGUCGCAGGGAUUCUAGCAAGAGUUCCAAUGAAUCUCAAUACCUAGGAAGCUACGCCAUUCUGGAGGAGGGCGAUGCUUAUUCCAUCGACAGUCUGCAACCCAAAUCAGAAACUGUAUGCGGGAUCAAUGUCAAGACCGGAGACUCUUCUCGCUGGGCGCACCACAUUCACAGUAGAAUUCUGCAGAAACUACCUUUCUUGGUUGAGAUGUUCUACUGGAGUAUGAACUAUCUAUUCUAUUCUGUGACGAAAGCAACGGCGCAGUGGCUUUCUCCCGCCGAGAUAGGUGUUGUCGAGGUUGCGCGGGGCCACGCCAUCGACAUUCUCAACUUUGAACAUACAACCGCGUCUUGGAUAUUUCCGAUCAACGAAGCCGAUUUCCAAUCUUUUUUUAUUCAAAAUCAUCCGUCGAUCUUGACUAUCUUUAAUCGCAUUUAUUCAUUAAUACACAUUCCCGGCACAGUGCUAUUCCUCUCCUGGUACUAUUAUGUUGCCAAGAACCAUGCGUCUUUCGCGACCGCACGGCGGACAAUGACACUUGGAAAUCUCGCCGCUUUCUUGGUAUUCUGUGUCUACCCACUCAUGCCGCCACGACUCCUUCCAGACUCGUAUGGCUUCUACGACACCGUGCGCCAAGGCAAUGCCGAAAGCAUCUGGGUUGGCGGAAAGUCCGUGAACCAAUUCGCGGCCAUGCCCAGCCUGCACUUUACCUAUGCCUUUGUGAUCGGGUGCACCUUUCUUCACCACUCCGGAUUUCUGCAAAGGCUCCAGCGCAGGCCAACGCAGAAGUCCUACAUGACGGAGUUUGGCUUUUUGGCACUCGCUAUAUUGUACCCGAUUCUGGUCCUCAGUGUCAUCGUCGCUACCGCAAAUCACUACUGGCUCGAUGCUGUGGUGGCGAUUUUUACGGUUACCCUGUCCUACCGCUUCAACAAAAUUCUUAUCUUGCUACUUCCGCUCGAAUAUGCACUGUGUUGGUGUCUGCGGCUGGCAAAGCCGAUACCUACCACUGGUGACAGAGUUUCCAGAUGA